AUGGACAACAUAGAUGUUGAGACCUUGAUGCGCGAGAAUGGUGUGGAUGAUUUCCUAAAUGAGCUAGCUGCUCGCGAUGUUGAGGGAGGUGCACAAAACAUGGGUAAUGCCCCUAACUUUGUUGGCGAGGGAGCUCUGUAUGAUAUAGAGCAAGUCAUGCAUGGUGGCUUCGAGGCUCCCCCUGUCGAGCCACGACCUGCGACCCCACCUGUCCUGCCGGAUGGUGCAUGGCACCGCUAUUGGGAUGAGGUUGAUGAAGCAGAGCUUUUUGCAGAUCCUGACGCCAAUCAGGAUCUGCAAGAGCCUUGGUGGCCAGCUGCAGAUCGACCGGAAUUGGUGCAGCCUCUGCCAGGUGCAAACGAGUUGGCACCGGCUGCUCAGGUCCCACCAGCCCUUCAGAAGAAGCGCUCGCAGUCCGAUGCAUCAAUUGCUUCGGAGCAUAGAGGUGAUGUCGAAGUCAACGAGGCGGGCAAGGAGAACAUGGCUCAAAGGAAGCCUGCGGGUAAGCGGGCGAGGGUCGAGUCCGUGCUCACUGCCGGUGUGGAUCGCAAAGGGAAGACGUGGGUUCCUGAGGAGACAUCUACUCUCCUCGAGUACUGCCUCGGUCCCGACGCGGACUCAGUGUACUCGAAGGUUCAGAGCAAUGCGGCUAAGAUAUGGGAGAAGAUUGCAAAAUCUGCCUUGAACGGGAAUCACUUCACCGGCCUCCGUACGUUGUUUGGCUAUGUUCAUGACUACAUGAGCAUCACUGGUGGCGAGGGGGAUGCCGAUCUGGAUGUUGCUGAUGACCAGGCCAUCGAGGAACACCUCGGGAGGUUACGAGAGAACAAGAAGGCUGCGGCGGACAAGUUGUCGGUCAAGGUCAUCCAAGCGUGGAUGGAGCAUGGCUGGUAUGACUGGUUUAACACGCGAUAUGGCAAACACCCGUCUGUCGUGCGCAAGACUCCGUUUCAAACAGGUCGUCUCUCGCCCCCUCCUCCGGCUGUCCAUGCUGCACGCAAGGAUGGUGAUCCACCUACCCCACCUGCACGGGCUCAGCCAUUGCCUUCAUCCUCGAAACAAGGUGGUGUGCCUGAGCCGGCACAUGUCCCGAACAAGUCAUCGUCGAACGCCGCCUCUUCACUCAUGGAUACGUUCACAACCAUCUCUGGGCUGAUUCAGAAGCAGACAGAGGGGUCAUCAUUGUCCGAUAUCAAAGAGGGCCUCAAUGCAGCCCAGAUGAUAUUGGGCAUGGAGGGUAUCGACGAGGGGGUGAAGGCACAGGCAAGGGAGUCGUUGACAAAUCUCUCCAAUGCACUCCUAAAGUUCUCUCGCGGUACUCUCUAG